AAAAAAUUCAAGUUUUCAAAAUAAAAAAGCAUGUCCAACCUAAGGAAAACUUUUAUUUCCAAUGCGGAAAGGAAAUUCUUGAAUAAAAACCUUGAAGAAUGGAACAGGCUCGAUGGCCGAUCAUUUCAGGAAUUCCGCGACGUCCAAAUCGAAUUCGGCAAAGACUGGGGCUGUUGCCAGGUCUCUUUGGGAAAAACUAAAGUUUUGGCUCAAGCCUCAUGCGAACUACAAGUACCCAAAUCCUCCAGACCAAGCGAAGGUAUUUUAAAUAUAAACCUAGAACUAAACUCCAUAGGGGAUCCUAGUUUUGAAUCCAACAAACAAUCGGAUUUGGCUUCACAGUUAAACAGACUUUUGGAAAAGUGCAUUAAGGAUUCCAAGGCUGUAGACUUGGAAAGCUUAUGUGUAAAAAUGAAUGAAAGAGUUUGGGCCGUAAGAGUGGAUGUUAAUCUUCUAAACAAUGAAGGCAACAUUUUGGAUUGUGCUUCUAUAGCAGCCCUAUCAGCCCUUGCCCACUUCAGACGUCCUGACGUCACUUGUGACGGUAUUGAAUACAAAAUUCACAGCUUCAAAGAACGUGAUCCUAUUGCUACAGUUAUUCAUCAUUAUCCGGUUUGUAUUUCUUAUGCUAUUUUUGCUGGAGGGGAUUAUAUUGUUGCUGAUCCCAGUUGGUUGGAGGAGGGAGUGGCAGAUGCUUUUUUAAGUGUUGGUUUAAAUGGACAUAAGGAGUUGUGUGGGUUGCAUUUGGUGGGCAAGGUGCAAUUGACUCCGGAAAGGGUUUUGGAGACUACGCAUAGGGCUGCUCAGAGGGCUGGCAGUGUUAUUGAGGUUAUCAAGGGUGCUGUGGAAAAGGAUACCAGUGAGAAGCUUUUACUGAAAGACACAGGUUUCCACAAAUUCGAUUUACAACCAAUCGAUUUACCUUUAUCAGAACUAAGCUUGUGCUUGGACCACUGGUCCACAGCCAAAGGUAAAAAGAAAAAGAAGCCAACAAAAACUGAAACAGAUCAAGAAGAAGAAGAAUCAAUAAAAAUUUCAAAGAAGGAAGAAAUUGCUGAACUAAUUCCAAAAGAGUGGGAUGUUGUAGAAAGCGAUGAUGAUGAAACUUCUGACGACGUUGUUGCCAUUGAACCUCCCAAAGCUGAGCCUGUUAUUAUUGGUGACACUGAGAGUGAAGAAGAGGACGUUAUUAUAUUAAAUACACCCAAAAAUAAUUCACCAAAAAAGAAGAAAAAGAAACAAUCAAUAUAAUAAUUGUUUAUUAUUACACUUAACUAUAAAAAUUAUUAAUUAAAUAAUUAAAAAUACACUUAUAUAAGUACAAUAUUAAACAAAAAAAGCUUUAUUUCCUCCCCUAUAGCCCUACAUAUUAUCAUUAGUAUUAAUACCAUUUUUCUGGUCCAACUUAUUACCAUUAGUCUUGAUGGUAUAAAUAAAAUAGGUCAAAACAUCUUUUUCCUUAACCGGUAUUGUCUUGAAAUGCUUCAUGAUAUUCUACAAUAUAAGUAAAAUAUAUCCUAUUCACAAUCUCUCAUCCAAAGGUACAGGUAAAUUUAUCACCUUUCCCUAUCAAUUAGCAUUGAAAGGUGAUAAAUUUUACCUGUACCUUUGGACGACAGAUUGUGACUAGACAAUACAAUAGAAUUCAACCAGAAUUUAAUACGUACAUCAGCCAAUUGUGCCUUGUUCAGUCCAGGCCUGGUAGGUACUUUAUAAUGCCUCUUGUACCUCCUCAAAGUAUUAACUUGAAGGUGGUACAAGUCAACCUCUGGCACAUCAGUGUCAGUUUCAUUACUGUCCUCUUCUGAAUCUUUUCUCCUGCGUUUUGUCCUGGCACACUGGAUAAUCAUCUUGUGAAAGUCGCAAAUGUAAAAGUGAUGGGCCUAAUAAUUGUAUUAAUAGAGUGAAUUCUAAAUUGAGAAAUUCUUACGUUGUUGUCUAGUAAAAGGUUGAGUUUCCUUUGGGUGACGGUUUUCUGGAUUCGUUUGCUGUACGAAGCGUUUCCGGCCACUUUGGAGCACCGUUCGCUGUUGUCUAUGAGACAGCAAAUUUGUUCGGUGGGGCCUCUCGAGUCUUCUUCGCCGGUACUGAAACCGUUCAUUUCUUCACUGUUUAGUUUUCGAUUAAAUAAACGUUGGAAUUGUCAUAAUAAUAAUAAUUUUGGGAUAAAAAUAAAAGGCUUCUUCACAAAUUGAA